AGUUAGUUAAGUAUUUCUAUUGUUUUAUGGCCAUGGACAGGUGGUGAGAAAGGGCAGGAGGUCCAUCAGCUGUCUGAGUAUUCUUUUUCUGUCUUCAAAAAAAGGUUCUGCUUCCGAGUUGGCACACCUUUCAUGUAAUACUAAUAAUGUUUAUUGUAUAUAAAGUCCUUCAACAAGCUAGGUCCUGCCCAGUAUGAAAGAAAUGGGCUCUGCCUGCUAUCAAGCUUAUUAUCUACAUGUCAACACCUUGAGGACAGGUGAAAGAACAGAAAAGGAAUGGCGGGGGAGAGGAAAGGAGAGGCAGAGACUGAAGGACAAAGGCUCAAGGGAAGAGGUGCAUUUUCAUAUGUAGUGUAAACAAGGACAAGAAAGGAAAAUGGCAGAUGUGAGGGAGGCAGUGAGUGUCAGAGAAAAGGGGCAGCCAGAGAGAAAGAACAAGAAGAGUGUGACAUAGAGGAAGCAAACUGGGGCAGAGGUGAUGGAGAGAGUAAAUAGACAGAAAGAGAAGAAGAUGUAGAUAAAGGGAAGGACAAAGAGAUUUGUAAACAAAAACUAUAGUAGCUUAAACAAGGCCCCACAAGGAAACAAAAGCCAAAGCAAGAAGUGCAGCAAAGAAGAAAUGUAGGCAAAGGAAGAUCUAGCACAAACAAAUACAGUGAUAUAAAUUCACGUGUUGUUUUAAUCCUUACAGCAACCCUGUAGGAUAAGUCAUGAGACGGAGAGAGAUUUUCCAAAGGCCAUGCAGUGACUUAAUGGCAGAGGUGAGAUUUGAAUCAGGGUGUCACUCUACUUAGAUUUAUUAUUACAAGUUUUUAUUUCAUUUAUGGCUGCAAGGUCCCCAACCCUGCACAAAGCUAGAAUUGACAAAACUCAAUUCUUUAUUUAAAACUGUGAUCAGCAGCAUAGCUAUCUCUACCCACGCCCAAGCAGGAAGGCUAUCCUGCAUUAGUUACACCCUCCACCAGGAGUGUGGCUUGGAGCUAGCUGGAGCAUUGUGUUCUAUCUAUAAUGUGGUUUGAACAUACGUAUUUCAUGACUUGUUUUGUUUGUGCUGAAUGCUCCUAAGUAGAGGAAGCUAGCAAGAAGCCUUCUUGUCCUGACCACCCUGACAAUGUGUUCCCAUUGCCUUUCUCCUCUGGAUUCCAACUGAAUCUCCUGCCCAUCCUUCAAACCUUGUCACCAGCUUUGCUUUGAGCUUGGAAGGGAGGUCCACAAGGUGGAUUUUGUUCUAAGAGCAUGACUGUAAGAACAUAAAAAUAGCCCUGCUGGAUCAGGCCAAAGGCCCCUCUAGUCCAACAUCCCCUUUCCCACAGCAGCCAGCCAGAUGCCUCUGGGAAGCCCCUAAUUUGGAUGUGAGUGCCCAUCACCCUCUCCUGCUGUUGCUUCCCAGAAGCUGGAAUCCGGAGACAUACAACCUCUGAUACUGGAGGAGGGAGUACAGAGCCAUCACAACUAGUAGCCAUUAAUAAAUUUACUCUUCAUGAAUUUGUCUAGUAGCUACGCUGUGCAGAUGGGAGGAAAUGUUUUCUCUUCCGUUCCCUGUCGUAUCUCUUCACCCUCCCCAACAGUCCUGCUGCUUUUCUGGGAUAUGAAAUUCUGGGAUAUGUAAACACUUGAAGCUGCACUUCAAAGAAAGGUCAUGGCGUUUCAGCCAGUAGAUGAGAGAGCCAUAUGCCAACACCAGCGCCGUCUUGGAGAAUGCCAGGAGAGUUUUGCUGCGGCGGCUCGUGCGGAACAAAUCCUUCUUUGGAAGGCGACCGAGGAGGAGGAGCAGCAGCAGAAGUAGUUCAUAGCGUCCCCUAGUGGCUGAAGAGGGCGGUGCCCGUCCUAUAAACUCGCACAUGAGCGGGGAAGGGCGAGGCAAAAGCGAGCCGAAUGAAGUGUACUUCGGACUGAAGUCAGGGCAGCAUCGGCGCCGGGCUCUUCCGUGUCGCCGGACGCAACCGAAGAUGCCUGCACCUGGAGGUAGCCAUUGACAUGAUGUCCGGCAUCCACUCUCCCAAUGCUUCACAGGCUUCACCUGUGAACCACUCCUCAUGCUGCACAGAGCCCACAAAGAUCCAGAGCUCUGCAAGGGCAUCUUCACCUGCCGCCCCCAUUUUCUCUAUGACCUUGGGUGCUGUCUCCAAUGUGGUGGCUUUGGCUAUCCUGGUGCAGUCUUACACCCGCUUCCGGCGCCGCUCCAAGGCCACCUUUCUGCUGUACGCUAGCAGCCUGGUUAUCACCGACCUCGCAGGCCACGUCAUUCCAGGCUCCUUCGUGCUGCGUCUUUAUGCCACACAGAGCAACUGGGAAAAGAUGGACCCUUCCAAAUCCCUCUGCCAGUUCUUUGGAGCCUCAAUGGUAUUCUUCGGACUGUGCCCGCUCUUCCUGGGCUGCAUCAUGGCAGUGGAGCGCUGUGUGGGCAUCACUCGUCCUUUGUUGCAUGCUUCCUUGGUGACGCCUGGCCGGACUAAACUUUCCUUGCUGGGACUGUGGGGCACUGCCCUCGCCAUUGCCCUGCUGCCUCUCUGCAGCUUCGGGAGCUAUGUCGUCCAGGCCCCAGGCACCUGGUGUUUCAUCAAGGUGCGAGAGGCAGAAGCUUGGCCUGACGUGGGCUUUGCCCUGCUCUUCUCCACACUGGGCUUGGCCUCGCUGGUGGCCUCCCUCUUCUGCAACACCUUCAGUGGACUCAACCUGGUGCGGGCCCGGCUCCGCAGUCAGCGCAAGUGUGGGCACCGGCGGGCCAAAGCCCAUGACAUUGAGAUGGUUGUGCAGCUGGUGGGGAUCAUGGUAGUUUCCUGCAUCUGCUGGAGCCCCUUACUGGUCUUUGUCAUCUUGUCAGUGACCAACUCCCAUGGAGACCUUAAUUAUAAGGAGCUGCUAUUCCUGGGUGUGCGACUAGCCUCCUGGAACCAGAUCCUAGACCCCUGGGUAUAUAUCCUGCUUCGGCGUGCUGUGCUACGCAAGCUGCUUGCUCUAGUUAUUCGGCGCCCUUAUUUCAAGGGAGUCCGCUUUGACCGCUGGGAAGCCAGCUCCUUCCAAAGCUCUGAGCGCAGCAUAGGGCUGGCGGGAGCAAGCAGGAGAACCUCUACUCUCAAGACCCCCUAAGGAGCACGUUUUGCACAUUCUCUGUUGUUUGCAGAAUUAUCUCCCCUGGGAUUCAGCCAGCAUCCAGGGCCCUUGGAUGGUAAUGCUGUAUGCAAGGAGCCGAUAUGGCAUUCUCAGUUUACCCUCUCGGCCAAAAGAGCGAUGGGAUUAAAGAUUGUGGAGAAGAGCAUGCUGCUGGGCCCAGUUCCCUACCUAGUUGGGACUUUACGGUGGACAAGGGGCACUGGAUCUUUUUCUGGAGAUUUGUGAAGGAAUUGUGAUCAUCUUUUCUUGGCGGGGUGUGUGUUUGUGUGUGUGUGCCCCACAGCAGUGUUUACAAAAGUGUCUUGGGUUCAAUUCCUGACACCACCCGUUCUGCAGGGCUGAAGAACUGUGGCUCAGAUCCAGGAGUUUCCAGUACUCAAGGCUAGAUGAACCAAUGGUCUGACUCAGUAUAAAACAGCUUCAUAUGUUCUGGUAAUUUUGUUGAUGACAGGGAGGAAAGCCAUGAUUAAUGCGUUCUGAGUGUACCCAACACUUUCUUGGUACAGGCUAUGUGGUAUGAAUGGAAACCUUGACUUGUUAUUCGUGUUCUAGUCCAAAGUGGUGAGUUGUCAGUGCUUCAGAGCACAAUGGCAUCCGUGAAUGCCCCCCCCCAUUCCAUAUUUCAAUGAUAACCUCUCAGGGGCAUAAAGCUUGCUUGUGGAUUCAUUACUAGGCAAGGAGACAACUUCUGCAAUGAUAAAAAUAGAGGGGGAGACCUUUGGCAUCCUUUCUUGGAUAAUUUGGUUUACGCAUUUUAUUAUCCAGCUGCAGUUGAUAUACAGCAUUAUGUUUAAUCCGCGGUGACCUGGACACUCUGGGCCCACAAUGUUCUUUCCACAUCCCACUCUAGAGGCUGCAGCAGUUCAGUCCCAUGCAAAGGAACACAUACAUAAAUCGGCACCCUUCCUCAGAGGCAGCAGCAUAUCUGUCCAAGAAAAAACAUAAUCCCUGCAUAAUGUCCUUUCCUAAAACAGGAGAGCAGAACUAGGGCACAGGGUAAUGAUGACUCAGGACAGCAUUUAAUUUAGAGAUAAACUUGGUCAUUCCAGGGAACCCCUGCAUGCAAAUGGGGAUGCUCAAUGGGGUGAGAGGGCUGGAAAUGUGAUAACCCAAAGCUCUUCCACACAGCUUCCCACCCUCCAUGGGAAACGAGGAAGCUCCUCCUGGAACUGAGCACUUAUAAGUGAGCUACUUCCAUAGACAGGAAAGAGUUGGCGGAGCACCAGGCAGAUGGAAGCCUAUCUGGCUUACCAUGAAUUCCAAUUA